AGCAACCAGUCUAUCCUAACAGGAUUGGCACUUUUCUGCUCCCGUCACCCACACAAUCUCCAAAGGCCAAGUCACGUGUGUAACCACGGGUUCGAACCGCACAAGCGUCUCAUUAUACCAGCAUGGAGUUCGGCGCGGGGCAGCUGGAUCCACUAGACGAAGAGCAGGGGGUGAGCGAGCAGGGAAGCCCUGGGGACAGCGGACACGUAUCGCAGAGCCACAGCGUGUGCAGCGGUGCCUCGGCAGGGCUGCUAACUGAAGAUGACGCGGACUGGGCAGCCAGUAGUGCAACACUACAGCCGUCAGACUCCCUUAUAAAGACUUCAGCCGUUAACUUUUCUAGCUACGUGCUAGUAGGAGAAAGCAGCACAGAGACUGAGACUUUGGAGAAGAGUUUGGAAGAUUUGCUGAUUCGAGUUGAUGAAUUUGUUGGAAUGUUAGAUAUGACAAGAAAUGACACUGCUCAAGUCAUUAAUGAGAAGGUACCUCAGAUUUACACUAAAGCUGCAGAAAUGAAAAAAUUGUAUCAGAAAAUUGACUCACUUGAGGCCUUUGUAAAGAUGGUUGGAAACAAUGUCUCUUUGAUGGAAGAGCAGGUCGCCCGGGCAGAAGCAAACCUUGGAACAUUCCCAAAUCCAUUUAAAAAUUUCUUACGAAAUAGUGUAGCUCCUCUCUUUUCACCGAAUAAAUCAACAUCUGCAAGACAGCAGCCACUGCAAUAUGAGCCUCCAACAGUAUUUAAGACUGAAGAAUACUUCCACAGUUCUAGUUGAUAUAUUAAAAUGUUUAUUGUGGGACAUUUCUGUUUUAACGCAGAACAUCUGAAAGUUACUGUGGAUAACAAGAUCUUCAACUGUGCAAAUUGUCACUUCUGAAUAUUUUUAAUUUAAAUAGAUGUAUAUAAUUAAUAUUAUAUAUACCAAUUACUUGCAAUUUUUAGUUUUUUUUUCUAAAAAAUAUCCAAAGUGUAUAACAUUUUUACUGAAGAUAUUUUUUUUCUUUUUUCAAAUUUAAUACCAGGGAACAUAAAGUUGUUCAAUCCUCCUAAACAAUCUAUGCAAAAAUAUUUUUUUCUUAAUACUGUAAUAAUUAUCACUAAGAUUUAUUUUACCAUUACCAAUCAUGUACCUUGUAAAAUAAAUAUUAUAUAAAAAUA